UUUACGGUGUUAAAGUCAAAUAUCAAACUGAAACACUUCUGACAUACUUAAACACAGAUUUUGUUUCACAGUGGUAAUAAUUGUCAUUAAAAUGAUGAUUUAUUCUUUUCUAAAGAACGUUUAUCGAUGUGGUUGUCAUGGAAAUGGGAGGGGGUGGGGGGUGGUAAAUGGGAACUAUCUGCUGACUUUAUUCAUUCGCGUGUAAAGCUGCGGACCUCACACCAUGGCGGAAGAACUGGCGGAGGCCGUUUUCACCAAUACGCAGGAUGGGGACCAUUUUUACGACACAGGCUCCUCUGGGUCUGAUGACAUUUUUGAGGACGACUCCUACUCUCCAUCCUCCCUCUCCUCAUCCUCAUUGUCUUCUGUUCCCAUGGUGGGCUCGUUGCAGGGUAAAACUCUGUGCACCUCCUGCGGCCAGGAAAUUGUGGACAGAUACCUCCUUAAGGUAAAUGACCUGUGCUGGCACGUGCGCUGCCUGUCAUGCAGUGUCUGCAACACUUCACUGGGACGACAUGUCAGCUGUUACGUGAAAGAUAGUCAGGUUUUCUGCAAACUCGAUUAUUUUAGGAGGUACGGUACUCGCUGCGCUCGGUGUGGUCGUAAUAUCCACUCUACUGACUGGGUGCGUCGGGCAAAAGGCAGCACCUUCCAUCUAGCGUGUUUCUCCUGUGCCUCAUGCAAGCGCCAGCUCUCCACUGGAGAGGAGUGUGGACUGUUUGAGAACAGGGUCUUCUGUCGGCCUCACUACGACGUCGCCAUGGAGAAUCUAAAGCGAUCCAAGGAAAAUGAGCAACCACAACCAGAGGAUCGGAGCGCAAACAAAGAGUCCAGUACUGUGGGACGGCCUGCUAAGAGGGCUAGAACUAGCUUCACUGUGGAUCAGCUGCAGGUGAUGCAAACCCAGUUUGCUAAAGAUAACAACCCAGAUGCCCAGACCCUGCAAAAGCUGGCUGAAAAGACUGGACUCAGCCGCAGGGUAAUUCAGGUCUGGUUUCAAAAUUGUCGUGCUCGUCAGAAGAAGCACAUCAACCCAAAUCUCGCCUCUUCAGGCAUGAUGACAUCAUUUGGUUCAGGCCAGCUGACUCCACCCUUGAUGGACAAUCUGCAAUAUACAACUUAUAUUAAUCCUGACCCACCUCUCCUUACUACUCUCACUUAUAUGGAUGUCCAAACUCCUGACUCCCUGUUGCUCCAGCCUCUUCUGUCUCACCCAUUGACACAACUGCCAGUCAGUCACACCUGAGUUUCAGACCACCUGCUGAGAAGUGAAGCUAAUCGGUCCAAAGGACGAAUGAAGAUAGGGGGGCAGAUAAAAGCACCACUGGUUUGAAAAACUUGGGGUUUGCAUGAGUUGAUUCAUAAAUGCCUUAAAAAAAUGAUUGCACUGAAUUGUCUCUACUUCCUAAUGUGUGCACAUACUUGAAAUAAUAAAGGGGUUGAAUCACUAGAUUAUUAUUCUUAAAGGGAUUCAAAGGUAAGUAUAUGUCAAAGGUGUAUUUCUUUUUUGAAAAAUAAACUUCUGUUAAUGUGUCAUGAA